AUGCCUCUACCGCGUUUACGACUUCCACUCUCUCUAAACGCAAAUUUUCUGCGUAGCAAACCUCCACAUUCUCGCAGAAUAGUUUCCCGUGCUUCCGCUCGCGCUUCAACAUCAUCGUGCUCGCCCUCAUGGUCACGGCGCACCUCCGCGACAGCGAGCUCGCGCCCCGGUGUCAAACACGCGACGGCCGCAUCACUUUUGACUGAGACGCUCGACCGGCGAACUAGUGGGCAGGGACGCGGUGGGCCUGAGGCUGUUGGACCGUUUCAGCUUGGACUUGGCCAGCAGAACUUUGGUGGGCAGGAGCAGAAGAAAUGGAGUGAGCUUAGUACGGGUGGAAAGGCUGUACGCGCCACUGCGAGGACGAGCAAUAUGGUUGUGAUCAUGUUCGGCGCAGGCUUGACGGCGCUGCUCGGCUACGCGCUCACGUCUGAGCUCUUCAGCUCAAAUUCUCCGACGGUGCUCUACAAUGAGGCUUGCGAACGCAUCAAGUCCAAUCCGCGUGUAUCCAAAUACUUCCCCGGCACACUCGUCUUCCACAACAAUCCGCCGUCCGCCAUCCGACCCCGACACCGCAACCGCGGCGUAGCAUCCCAACUCGUCCGCGACUCCUCGGGACGCGAACACCUACUCCUAAACUUCUACAUCCAGGCUCUCCCACCCUCCGCAUCCGCCACAUCAUACGCAGACUCCGCCCUCGCAUGGGUCGAGUCGCUACCCAGCACAACAUCAGACGAUAUCCGGGCGUGGGGACGCGGCGUUGUGGACUCUACGAAGGACUUGUUCCGGUAUUUGACGGGCGAUCCUGCUGCGCCUUCGACACGGCCGGGUGGUUGGUUCGAGGAUGGGACGGCGAGGAAAGAGGACAGGGUCGAGAGGGCUGAGUCGAAAGGCCUAUGGGGAAGCAUUACGGGCGUCUUUGGAUCUUUGCGGGGAGCCAGUCGGGCGAGCAAUGAGGAACGGCAAGCGGAGGCGGCGGGGAAGUACCAGGAGGGCGAGGUACACGUCGACUUGAUCAAGAAUGAGAACGGCAACUUUGUCUUCCGGUAUAUCCUGAUCGACAUUCCUAACUCCCAUUCACGCAAGCCCGUCCGCGUAUUCGUCGAGCGUGCGGCAGGCGUAAGCGAGAGCGUCUCUGUCAUGCGCUGGGACUCUGCCUAA